AUGCCCCGGGCUGGGCUCCGUAGCUGCUGGGGUGGCCAGGUAUUGCCCCUGCUUCUGGCCUAUAUCUGCUACCUGCUGCUCGGAGCCACCAUCUUCCAGCUGCUGGAGAAGCAGGCAGAGGCUCAAUCCAGGGACCAGUUCCAGCUGGAAAAGCUACGCUUCUUAGAGAACUACACCUGCCUGGACCAGCAGGCCCUGGAGCAGUUUGUGCAGGUCAUCCUGGAAGCCUGGGUGAAAGGCGUGAACCCCAAAGGCAACUCCACCAACCCCAGCAACUGGGACUUUGGGAGCAGUUUCUUCUUUGCAGGCACAGUGGUCACUACCAUAGGCUAUGGAAACCUGGCGCCCAGCACGGAGGCAGGGCAGGUCUUCUGUGUCUUCUAUGCCCUGAUGGGCAUCCCACUCAACGUGGUUUUCCUCAACCACCUGGGCACAGGGCUGCGUGCCCACCUGACCACAUUGGACAGGUGGGAGGACCAUCCCAGGCAUUCCCAGCUCCUGCAGGUCUUGGGCCUGGCUCUGUUCCUGACCUUGGGGACCCUGGUCAUCCUCAUCUUCCCACCCAUGUUCUUCAGUCACGUGGAGGGCUGGAGCUUCCGUGAGGGCUUCUACUUUGCCUUCAUCACCCUCAGCACCAUCGGCUUCGGGGACUACGUUGUCGGCACAGACCCCAGCAAGCAUUACAUUGCCGUGUACCGGAGCCUGGCAGCCAUAUGGAUCCUGCUGGGGCUGGCGUGGCUGGCAGUGGUCCUCAGCCUGGGAUCCCUGCUUCUGCACAGAUGCUCCCGGCUCUGGCUCCUCAUCAGAGGCCUGGACCUCAAGGAGGAAGCAGCCCCUGACUCUGACCCCAGACCACAGAAAAUCCCCAUCUCUGCGUGAGACCCAAGGGUCCUGCCCUCCCCAAACCCAUGACAGCCCCUGCCCUUCCUCUUCCUUCUCAACCCACUCACGACCCAGAGGACGUGGUCAGCAACUCUUCAGAGAGAGAAAAGGAGACAGUGUGCCCACAAAGUCACUGGUGGGAGUCAAAAACCAAGGCCUGCGUGGAUGGCGAUGUGCAGGCUGGCUUCGGAGCUCUUUCCCCCUGCCUCCCAAAAAGGACCCAGAAAAGUCAAACCCAACACAGAUCAUGGUGGCCAAAUCACUACUGCCACCUUCACAUACUGGCAGAAGCCCUCAGACUGCAAGCGAAGGUGGACUUGAUGUCUGUUUUUAUUGCUACCUACAUCCUAGGCUCUUCGAAAGUCCCAACUAUGUACCAGGCACGUGCCUGGUUCUGGGGCUGAGACAGUGGUGGUUUCUACCUUCACUGUGUCCUCAGUUUUGAAGGAGCCCCCCUCCCCCCCAUGCAGCAUGUGCAGCCUUGAUGGGAACAAGCCAGGGCAGAAUGAGAGUUCAGGGCUGUGGCUGAAGGAGGGGAGCUGGGCACACAGCUGAGGGCGCAUUCAGGGCACACAGGAGUCUCACAGCUGAGGGACAGGAACGCUGCCAGUUAGUUCUCCAGCUCUCCUUGCCCACGAGUGGAGAGAGGUAUCCUAACAAUGCUUGGGACCUCUUUCGGGUGUCCCACUGCUUUCCUGAACAUGGCUUCCCCUGACCCUUAGAGCACCCCUGGACCUCAUCACUCCCCCUGAGACGCUGGAAUGGCUCCCAGGAGCCUCAUUGGAUAUGAGCUCCCUGGUGGCAUUGACUCCCAUGGGAACACUCUUCAUCCGAGUCUGGUCCUUCUGCCAGAUUUCGACACUGUAGGCCAGAAGGGAGGGGAGGUUUGGCCCAGUCUGUCCCAACGCCCAAUCUCACAGGAUUAGGAAUUAAACUUUUUCUCGGACUUCCCCCACCUCCUUAGUGGCAAAGGGCUUCCUAAGAUCUGUGUCUUCUUGACAGCAGUUAAGGGUGGAGGUGGUCCUGACUGUAAGCCCGGGAGGUUGAGGGAAGUCCCAGGGAAGGAUCCACAUUGGCAGGGGGUUCCCAGCACCCACGUCUUAGAUUGAAAUCCAAAGUCCUCCUAUACCUCUGCACAUGCUGGCCCCUGCUUCUGUUGUGAGGGCAUAGAGACACAGAGCCCUCCCUCCAAAGCAGCAAGGGACAAUCCCUGUUCCUGUUCUCCAGCCUGCCACCCCUCCCCCAGCACACAGACCGACCACACCCAGCUGGGAACCCUUUUUAUUUCUUUGAGUGCCCUGGCUGUAGACCUAGGGCGAUGCUAGCACUCUGAGGAAGUCCC